AACACAGACAGACAACCAUGGCGCUCUCUGUCUUGUUACGCCAAAGGUUUGCAGUACGAGAAAUAACCAGCAAAUAUUCACGAGCCGUUGGCGCGUCAUAUUCAUCAGGGUACCGUGUAGGAAACAUGCCGACCGGCCCGGAGACGUUACCGUACCAGGUUGUACUUACCCGUACUACUGAACAGCAACCCAACGCCAUCCCACGAGCCGGAUUCUAUCCGCAAGUCGUAGCGGCGAGGCGCUUCACCACUUUGAGUGAAAACAGAAAGGUCCAGGAAAGUACAGUCAUGGGGAAGGUGGCUUUAAACGGAGCUGCUAGGAUGGUGGAAGUGGAAUGGUCCGACGGGGGUGUCAGCCGGUUUCCGUACGUCUGGCUGAGGGACAAUUGUCAGUGUCCACUGUGUUUUAACCCCGAUUCCCUCUCACGGCGUGUUCUGAUGAACGAUCUGGAUGUGAACGUUUCUCCGGUCAGGGUAAAAUUACAAGCAAAUGGAAGUUUGCUGUCAGUAGAAUGGCCGCAGGGACACCAGAGUCAGUACGACUGGCAGUGGCUGAGAGAACGCUGUUUCUCACCACAGGCUCGGUCAGAGAGGGAAAAAGACUGGCAGAGAAAGACACAGUUAUGGGGUGCAGAACUAGUACACAACCUGCCCAAAGCUGAUUUUCCCGCCAUACUGACACACGACCGCGCAUUGCACGACUUUUUGGCCCUCCUGGAUUCUGUCGGCCUCGUUCUGGUGCAGAAGGUGCCCUGUGACGUAGGACAAGUAGAAAGACUGGCCAAUCGGGUGGCGUAUCUCAGACCCACCAACUUCGGGAAGGAAUUUGUGGUGGUCAACAAACCGAACCCUAGUGACUUGGCGUACACCACUGGUAAACUAGGACUUCAUACCGACCUAAACUUUUACGACCAUAAACCAGGGGUACAAAUGCUCCAUUGUAUCGAGCAGACAAUGAGGGAGGGGGGCGAGAGCCACCUGGUGGACGGCUUCAGUGUAGCCUAUCAACUCAAAGAGGAAAACCCGGACGCCUUCCGGCUUCUCACCACGCUCAAAGUCAACUUUUGCAACGUAGGACUGGACUUCCACAAGUUCUUUCUUAGACAACGACAACAUACAAUCAGCCUAAACGAUCAAGGCGAGGUCCAGUCCGUCAGCUUCAGUGACCAGGCCCGGGACUCCAUCUUGGAUCUGCCUGCCGACCAGGUCCAGCCUUUCUAUGACGCCCUGAAGGCCUUUGACACCAUCAUGUACCUACCCAGGAACUGCCUACGUUUCAAAAUGGCGGCAGGUGAAAUGAUUGUUUUCGACAAUACCCGGACCCUACACGGCCGUUCUGCCUACAGUCUGGACGACAUACGUCAUCUACAGGGCGGCUACUUUGACUGGGACGAGAUCUACUCGCGCAUGCGCGUUCUCAAGAUCGACCUUGGGAUCAAAGACUAGAACACCUGAAAAAUACCUAAAAUUUUUAAAUGGCAUUAUGUAACAUUCUUGCUCCUAAACUCGAAAAAGUAUUCUUGCUUUUUUAAUUUUGUUUCUAAUUUUCUUAUGAACUAGAAAAAAAGCCUUCAUCAGCUUAUCCCUUGGCCUUUGGAGUCUACUCCCUGGGCUGUAUAAUAACAUGAUUCCUAGCCUGCCUCUCGUGAAACAGACCGGUGUAUGCAAAUAUAUGAUUGUUCUGUCAAUAUAUGGUGCGACGGUGAUCCCCAAAUUGUCUUUGUGUGUGUGU